UUAUUUUUUCAGAUCAUUCUAGAAAACUAUGCAUACCCGGGAGUUCUUCUGAUCGGCACUGACUCCCACACCCCCAAUGGUGGUGGCCUGGGAGGCAUCUGCAUUGGAGUAGGGGGUGCUGAUGCCGUGGAUGUCAUGGCUGGGAUCCCCUGGGAGCUGAAGUGUCCCAAGGUGAUCGGUGUGAAGCUGACAGGCUCCCUCUCUGGUUGGUCCUCGCCCAAAGACGUGAUCCUGAAAGUGGCCGGCAUCCUGACGGUGAAAGGCGGCACGGGUGCUAUUGUGGAAUACCACGGGCCUGGUGUCGACUCCAUCUCCUGCACUGGCAUGGCAACAAUCUGCAACAUGGGUGCAGAAAUUGGGGCCACCACAUCAGUGUUCCCGUACAACCACAGGAUGAAGAAGUACCUGAGCAAGACAGGCCGAGCAGACAUUGCCAGUCUAGCUGAAGAAUUCAAGGAUCACUUAGUGCCUGACCCCGGCUGCCAGUAUGACCAACUGAUUGAAAUUAACCUCAAUGAGCUAAAGCCGCACAUCAAUGGACCCUUUACCCCGGACUUGGCUCACCCCGUAGCAGAAGUGGGCACUGUGGCAGAGAAGGAAGGCUGGCCUCUGGACAUCAGAGUGGGUUUGAUUGGCAGCUGCACCAAUUCAAGCUAUGAGGACAUGGGACGGUCGGCAGCUGUGGCCAAGCAGGCCCUGGCCCAUGGACUCAAGUGCAAGUCCCAGUUCACCAUCACACCCGGCUCUGAGCAGAUCCGAGCCACCAUUGAGCGGGAUGGUUAUGCACAGAUCCUGAGGGAUGUGGGUGGCGUUGUUUUGGCCAAUGCCUGUGGCCCUUGCAUCGGCCAGUGGGACAGGAAAGACAUCAAGAAGGGGGAGAAGAACACAAUCGUCACCUCCUACAACAGGAACUUCACAGGCCGCAAUGAUGCAAAUCCUGAGACCCAUGCCUUCGUCACAUCCCCAGAGAUUGUCACAGCCCUGGCCAUUGCGGGAACCCUUAAGUUCAACCCAGAAACCGACUUCUUGACAGGCAAGGAUGGCAAGAAGUUCAAGCUGGAGGCUCCAGACGCAGACGAGCUCCCCCGAUCGGACUUUGACCCAGGGCAGGACACCUACCAGCACCCCCCCAAGGACAGCAGUGGGCAGCGGGUGGACGUGAGCCCUACCAGCCAGCGCCUGCAGCUCUUGGAGCCUUUUGACAAGUGGGAUGGCAAAGACCUGGAGGAUCUGCAAAUCCUCAUCAAGGUCAAAGGGAAGUGCACCACCGACCACAUUUCUGCUGCUGGUCCCUGGCUCAAGUUCCGUGGACACCUGGACAACAUCUCUAAUAACCUGCUCAUCGGUGCCAUCAACAUUGAAAACGGCAAGGCCAACUCCGUGCGCAAUGCUGUCACCCAGGAGUUCGGCCCUGUCCCUGACACUGCUCGAUACUACAAGAAACAUGGCAUCAGGUGGGUAGUGAUUGGAGAUGAGAACUAUGGCGAAGGCUCAAGCCGGGAACAUGCAGCGCUGGAGCCUCGCCACCUUGGGGGCCGGGCCAUCAUCACCAAGAGCUUCGCCAGGAUCCACGAGACCAAUCUAAAGAAGCAGGGCUUGCUGCCCCUCACCUUCGCCGACCCCGCUGACUACAACAAGAUCCACCCAGUGGACAAGCUGACCAUUCAAGGCCUGAAGGACUUUGCCCCUGGCAAGCCUCUGAAAUGCAUCAUCAAGCACCCUAAUGGGACCCAGGAAACCAUCCUCCUGAACCACACCUUCAACGAGACUCAGAUCGAGUGGUUCCGCGCAGGCAGUGCCCUGAACAGGAUGAAGGAGCUGCAGCAAUAAGGGAGGGCCAGGCUGGCGGCUGUGUCCCACUCUGGACCCUGCUGGGUAGCCAAAGUGCAGGUCCAUGUGCAUCAUCAGUCAGAGCUGUCUGUCCAGUGCGGCCUCCUGCUCUGAGAUGGUGACCAGACCCGCUUCCUGCUCUCCCAUCCUCAGCCCAGAGUGAGCCACUGUGGAGGGCACUGAUUUUAUGUCCCAGCCCUGCCUUCCUUUCGGUUUGGUUCGCCUUCAAAGCCCACGCACCUGUAUUUAUUUUAAUGACAGCACUCCCUCUAAAGGACUUUUUAUCCCGCCUCGUCAUUUCACUGGUGGCUGAAGGAUUUUAGAGAACCUUUUGUUCUGACAAGAAAAAAAAAGACCCAUUGACUGUUC